CGCAGCAGCAGCAACAGUGUGGUGCUCUGGGUCUCCAGCUCUGCCUGGCAGACAAGUCUCAAGCUCGCUGAACAGCUGCGAGGCAACUUUCCAUCUUCUUCUGCGUAUGAACACUGCCUAACUGCAGCACGAAAAUGGGCACAGGGGAUUAUAUCUGCAUUGCUAUGAGUGGAGGGGCGCCUUGGGGCUUUAGAUUGCAAGGUGGCAAGGAGCAAAAGCAGCCUUUGCAAAUCGCCAAGGUUCGCAGCAAGAGCAAAGCAGCUAAGGCUGGACUGUGUGAGGGGGAUGAGGUGGUGUCUAUCAAUGGUAAACCCUGUGGAGACUUAACCUAUGCUGAAGUUACCGUUCUAAUGGAAAGCUUGACUGACGUCCUGCAGAUGCUUAUCAAGAGAUCAUCCAGUGGAAUAAGUGAAGCCUUGAGCACUGAAAGAGAAAACGGAAAGCACGAUAACAUAAAAAAUGAGGACUAUAGGGAGAGCACUACACUGCAAAUUAACACAGCCAAAGAGACACCCCACACAGAACUCUGCAUCACAGAGAUACACAGCGAGACUCACCAGGGAGCAGAGGAAAACAAUAUAAACUUUUCUGAAAUGAAACAAGAGACCACACAGAGCCACAGAAUUACUCCUAAAGUGAUAGGAACCUCCAAAGUGCUCGUGACAGAUGAGGCUGCUGUCAGAGGGAAGACAGAAGAAAGAAGGCCAGGCACUAUGGUUGAGCUGCAGUUGUCCCUUUCACAUGAUGGGCACAAGGGCACCAAUGCUCCCGCUGUGACUCUCUUAGGGGCAGAAAAAUGCAUCCCUUCAGAAACAGGACCCAGUGUACAACAGGAUGGGACUAGCCCUGUAAUUGCAGUUCCCCUGGGUGUGAAAGAGGGCAACAUCCAGUGGUCAAGCAAAGUAGUCCAGAUUUCUAGUGGCAAAGAGGUCAAGACGAUCCAAGGUGCAGCUCCAUCUCUCCCCAGAGUGGAGGUGAUCCUAGACUGUUCAGACAGGCAGAAGGAGGCAUCCAGGUCUCUAGCCGAAAGGGGGUGUGUUGAUUCUCAAGUGGAAGGAGGGCAGUCAGAAGCACCUCCUUCCCUCCUCUCCUUUGCAAUCUCACCAGAAGGCACAGAGCCGGGAGAAGACGACCAGCACUCGGAAAAGGAUCACAGCAGACCUCUCAAGCACAGGGCGAGGCACGCAAGACUCCGGCGAAGUGAGAGCCUGUCAGAAAAACAGGUCAAAGAAGCCAAAUCCAAAUGUAAAAGUAUUGCAUUGCUGCUGACAGCAGCUCCCAAUCCCAAUUCCAAGGGGGUGUUGAUGUUCAAGAAGCGUCGUCAAAGAGCGAGGAAAUAUACUUUAGUCAGCUACGGUACUGGGGAGCUAGAACGUUACGAAGACGAAGGUGAAGAAGGGGAAGGUGAAGAGGGGGACAAGGAAAACACUUUUGAAGUGAGUUUGCUUGCAACAAGUGAGUCAGAAAUAGAUGAGGAUUUCUUCUCUGACAUUGACAAAGACAGCAAAAUUGUGACAUUUGACUGGGACAGUGGUCUACUUGAAGUUGAAAAGAAGACAAAAAGUGGAGACGAGAUGCAGACACUUCCAGAGACCACGGGUAAAGGGGCCCUCAUGUUUGCCAAGAGACGGCAGAGGAUGGAUCAGAUUACCGCUGAGCAAGAGGAGAUGAAGGCACGCACAGUGCAUGCAGAGGAACGAAGGGAAGCCACCAUGUCAGAAAGCUUCCAGAAAGUGAGCUGUUCAGCCUAUCAGACAAAAGAGGAAGAAAUGUCAUGCAGGCAGACCUGUGUGAGCAAAAGCUACCUAGAUGUGAGUCAGAAUCAUGGCAAAAUGCUACAACAGAAUGGCUUUGGGUUAGCACCAGACUCAGCUUUCUCUUUUCAGACCUCUGAAGUUCAAAAAGCAGCCUCUCUGAAUAAAACAGCUAAACCCUUCCCUUCCGGAGUUCAGAACCGAGCAGCUGCGCCAUUUUCACCCACAACAAAUGUGACUAGUCCUCUUUCAGAUAUACCAGCACCUCCUCCCUAUGCCUCUGUUAGCCCACCACCUGAGGUUUUAUACAGACCGGUAUCAGCUCCAGUAGCCAACAGAGCUGCACCAGUCACGUGGUCGUCCACAGAGCCAACCGAACACAUAGCAACCAGAGAUGAAAGGAUUGCAGUGCCAGCCAAAAGAACUGGGAUACUGCAAGAGGCAAAGAGAAGAAGCACUGCAAAACCAAUGUUCACUUUCAAAGAAUCACCCAAAGUAAGUCCUAAUCCUGCCCUAUUAUCCCUUGUACACAAUGCAGAAGGCAAACGAGGUACUGGAGCUGGUUUUGAGUCAGGACCCGAAGAAGACUACCUCAGUUUGGGAGCAGAAGCUUGCAAUUUCAUGCAGAGUCAAGCAUCUAAACAAAAGACCCCUCCUCCUGUUGCUCCAAAGCCUUCAGUCAAGGUCUCUCCUACUGCUGGUACCCCCAUUUCACCAGUCUGGUCACCUCCAGCUGUAGCUUCUAUCAAGGCUCCUUCCUUCCCGGCUCCAGUCUCACCUCAGGCAGCAUAUCCUGCGCCACUCAAAUCCCCACAAUAUCCCCAUUCCCCUCCUGCCCAUCCCCCAAGUACUCUUAAAUUAGCUGGUCCUUUUAAAGGGCCUCAGGCAACCAUAGCAAGUCCAAACAGUGCACCCAAGACAACACCAACCACACCAAGCGCUGGAGGAACAAAGAACACCUUUGAGAUACCGCCAGCUAUGAGUGGAAAAGGAGCACAGUUAUUUGCCAGAAGGCAGUCUCGAAUGGAGAAGUAUGUGGUAGAUUCAGAGACUGUGCAAGCAAACAUGGCACGAGCUUCAUCUCCAACUCCAUCUUUACCAGCUUCUUGGAAAUAUUCAUCUAAUGUUCGAGCACCACCACCUGUUGCUUAUAAUCCCAUCCUCUGCCCAUCGUAUCCUCCUGGUGCUACCAAGCCUUCAUCUAAGUCUGCUGCUGCUACCAAAAAUACUAAAAGAAAACCUAAGAAGGUUCUCAAUGCUUUGGAUGUUAUGAAGCAUCAGCCUUAUCAACUUGAUGCAUCUUUAUUUACUUUUCAACCUCCAUCUAGUACUAAGGAAAGCCUAGGUAUUAAGCAGACAUCAAAGUUGUCUACUUCAAAACAAGGUCUACCUUUAAGACCACUCAGUGCUGGCUCUCCUACUAAUGUCCGGGCAUCUUCAGUGUACUCUGUACCAGCCUACAGUUCACAACCUUUGUUCCAGUCAAAUGCUUCUACCCCAGUAAAUGAAUCACAUUCAUCUACAGGUUACUCUGCAUUUUCUAAGCCAGAAACCAUCACAUCCUCUUUGUUUACUGCUCCGAGGCCAAAAUUUUCAGCAAAGAAAGUUGGCGUCCCUGCACAGGGAAGAAGCAGUGGACGCUCACUAUCACUUCCUGGGAGACCUUCUUCAGUUAUUUCUCGAGCCAUGUCCCCUACUUCUCUUAUCUUUCAUCCUGCUCCUGAUUACUUUAGCAAGCCAGGCAUAGCAGCUGACAGGCCUGGCAAGAGACCUACUCCCUGGGAAGCAGCAGCUAAAUCCCCUCUUGGCCUAGUGGAUGAAGCUUUUGCGCCCCUGAAUAUUGAAGAAUCCAUUGUGGCUAAUGUAGUAUCAGCUGCUCGCAGGAAAACGCUUCCUGAGUCACCAGAUGAAUGGAAACAAAGAGUUUCUGACGAGCCUCCGGUCUCAAGUGGUAGUGCAGCCUUAUUUGGGGCAAAGCAAUCAGGUAUUGUAUCACCCCCCAAAAGCACCUUGUCUGCCCCAAGUGCCACCACACAGGGUGGCUCUCGGCUGCAGUAUGCUUACUUCAGUCAACAGUCCAGAACAGAUCCUGAUACGAUGUCCAUGGAUUCCCGGCCUGACUAUUACUUGUGAACAGCAGAUUCAAAGUCAGCAGCCCAAGGGAUGGAUGUGUCCAACAUGAAUAACAGAAGUACCCGGCAUAUCUUCCCUUCAUCCAGCUAUAAAAGUUUUAGAUCUGAGUUGGAGAAGGAAAGUUUUUGCUGACCUGAUCAUCUCUGAAAUGAAGAAAUAAAGAGGUAAUCUAGAACGGAGCAGUCUUCAUAGGACUGCAGACUAGCACUCAAGAAUGGAAGUCGUUUUAUUCAUAACCUAAUAUUGUUCUGCUUCUAAAAGGUGAAAUUGUAAACUUUCUUUGGGAGAGGGGAGAGGAAACAGGGGACAACCAAUGUGGUCAAUACAAACACCUAGAAUGGAUACAGUUGCAGAUAGCACAAAUGCUUGCCCUGAAGGUAAUAAGAAAAGAAUAUAAAAUCUGGGCAUUUUAAAGCAAGAAGUAUUUUACAGGGUCUUGCAGGUUCUCUGGAUAUAUCUGACAUCUGGGUUCCAAGGUACAAGACAUAAUCAGACUUGAGAAAGUUCCAAUGAAAAUGCAGUAAUUGGAAGCUCUGGCUUAUUGGUCAUAUGUUUUCUUUACUGCAUUUUUGAAAGAACUAACAAAAUACACUAAUUAACAAUUUUGCUACGGAGACAUUUAAAAUACAUUUAUGGUCAUGGUACCUGAAUCUCUCUGACACAGCAUACAUCUCCAUGUAGAUGUAUGCUAAUCACACAUAGUCAUGCAUUGCAGAUGGAUUUCAAGAUAGUUUAGAUUAAAUUUUCACAUUGUAGUUAAUCAGUCUGAACACAAUAGAAACAAGGAUGAUAUUAGUAGAGAUCAGUACCAUGAUACUUGAAAUGUAAAAGAGAUCAGAAAAGUAUAUAGACUGCAUUUAAACUGGAUUGCAACUUAAUUUGUAAUAAACUAUCAAAUAAUUUGGAGGCUGAAACAGUCCCUUCUCCAUGUUUCUCUGUGAAAUGCACUACUUGCUGAACAUUUACUGCUAUAGUGUCUAGCAAACUGACUGGUUAGCCAGUCAUUCUAAGUAGCUCAAUGUUUAGAAGGCUUUCAAUUCGUAUUCUCAGUUUGGAAGACAUAUAUAAGUUGUGUUUAUCAAGUUUAUUGUUUACUAAGAAUAACACCUGUCCUAUGUGGAAGGUGACAUGUGAAAGAGGGUUUAUGAUAUGUGUUACAUGGUAUGAGUCUAGUAUGAGUAGAAAAUAUUUGGUGAGUUGGUUACAAUUAAGCUGUCUUGGUGGAUCUGAAGAUAUGGUAAAUAAUUGUGGCUGGUAAUUAUCCUGCAUAUACAUCCUUUUUAAACAACACGAAUAUGUGGCUAAAAAUACAUGUAUUCCAAGCUUAUUGGGUAUUUUAGAUGUUGUUAUGACAUCAAAUGAAUACCCCAAGUACUAAAAAGUGCUCUGAACCCUCCUCAUUUUAUGGGGUAUUCUUCAAACAUCUGUCAAGCACAGUCAUCUAAAAUUUCUGUAGAAACACUAUAACUAUCUUUAUUUUCAACAAUAUUGUCAACUGUGAGUAAAGUGGUUAGUUUAGAAAGAAAGCUAGAACACAUAUGCAGUAAAAAUGAAUAUAUUACAAAACAUUUCUAUCUGCAAACAAUUUUCCAUUAUAACAACAAUAAAAUAUAACUGGUAUAAAGAAAAGAGGAAAAGAAACCCCAGGUCCAGUUGAGCUGAAACUUCCCAUAAGAGCAUGAUGAAAUUCCCCUCAUGGAACUCAGGAAUUGCAUGAAGGAGAAAAAUAUAAACUUAAUGAAUUUAAGUUGGUAGUAAUUCUCUAGUCAAGAAAAGUCCCCUUGAAAUCAAAAGCAAUCCUCCUUUGGACCAGGAGGAAAUGAACACGUGGAUGUAGUAUACCUUGAAUCUAGUAUCAUAUUGCUACUGCACCUUAUGAAUUUUUCACAAAUUACGAAUAUUUGAAGAAAAGAUUAUUUAGAAAAAUUACAUGAACAAGAUUGUCAUCUUACACCUGAAAACCAGACUUGCACUUUAGAUUCAUAAACCCACAUAAAUAGAAUAAAUUUUCCUGUCCCAGAGGCAAAAACAUAUUUUUCUCUGUAGGGUUAUACAGUGUUCCCUUAUCAUCACUGGGAAUGUUCCCACUGAAAUCAAUGGGACACUGAUAGUCCUUAAGGGCCUGUCUCUGGAUUCAGACCUAUUUCCAUGUCAGGUUUUCAGCUAACUUCAGCAUAACUGAGAUCCAGCAGUUAUGUUUUACAAUUCUAAGCCAUCAAAGCCUUAAGUGUUCAAUAAAUGCCAGUGUACACCAUUGCUUUCAGUAGGACUACAGAUACUCUGAAAACUAUAUAACGCUUACAUAUUAUGCUGAACUGAGGUCCAUUUAAUUAUAAUAAAAUGACUUCCUGAAUCCAAGUCAAGUCCGUUUUCUGUUUUAAACAACUAUAUCCUUUAUACUGUUAAAUUGGAAACCAGAUUAAUGAGUUUGUAGUAAAUCACAUACUUGUCAAUUACAAUUGUUUUAAUUCUCAGAAUCAGUACUAUAUGUUUGGAUUUUCACUGAAAAUAAUGUUAUGAAUUCUAAUAUCAUAUGCAUAACAAAAGGAAAUGAAUGGUUAAUAUUAAGCUACAAGAAACUAAAAAUUUCCAAAACUGUUUUUAAAUUUUGAUAUUACAAAAAACAUGUUAUGAUAUAGAGUGAAAUUAAAAAAGAUUUUAAUGUUGUGAUUACCUAGCAAUAGGGGAAAACAUACUCUUGUGCCUAGGUAUACCUCGGAUCAAGGCAAAAAAUGUAAUUUUUCAUUAAUACCCUGGAGGUCAGGAUUUUAGUCCUUCAGAACUUUCAGUGAAUUCAGAAGUCUCCCACUGACUGCAGCAGGAGCUGUUCUGAUACUUAAAGCUAUAUUCAAAGAGGUUUCUGGAUGCCUAACGUUUUUAGACACCUCUCUCUCACUGACUGUCUAUGUUUCAAGACAGUGCCCAGCAAAUAUAUCAUUUCAAAUGUUAUCCUUCAAGGAUAAUCUGUGUAACACACAGACUAGGCAGAUAAUGAUGUGCCACUGUGCUCCUGUCAUUUGGGCUGCUUCAAGCUGCCUUCACAUCAGUAAAAAACAAAGAUGCACCAAAAAUGUAAAAACUGCAGAAUCAGAGACUUUCAAAGAGAAUCACUGACUUUCUGUCAAUGUCCAAAGAAAAAAGCAUAGCCCUGUAAUUUCCCUGUAUUGAUAAGGAAGAAUUUAUCAGUAAAUAUUUCUGUGAACAAGAGAAUUAAUGACACUGAGUUUCCUGUAGAUUUGCAUCUUAUCAUAGAUUAACUUUGAUGUUUGAUGUGAUCUACAACAGAUUUUUUUCCAGUUGUUGGGGAUUUACUAGUUUUCUUUCCCAUAUGGAUUCUCUCAUAUUUAAUAAAGAAUGACUUCACACUGCAGCAUUUUCCUCAAUAGCAACACUGCUAAAUGUAUCCUCUACUCAGUCACUUAUUUUUACAAAGUCUGUGGGCAACUGACUGUCUUUGAGAUCUAUUUCGCUAUCAUAUAGAAAUGAAACCAGUAAACAGUUUCAAAGCUAUUAAUGGGAGGACAGACAGAUACAUAGGCAUGCAGACAGAUCACAUAGGCUUGUUUACAAAGGAAACCAGGUUAAAACCAGAUUCAGAGAAUAUAUUCAUUUCAAGGAAAGCAGCAGGCCCUGACUAUUAACUGAAAUGUUAAUGCACACAAAGCUUUAUGAAGCACCCCACUGCAUUUUUCAUUUCCUUUUCCUAUUCCUCCACUAGCAAAGCAUCUUUCUGUCAUAUAGCUGUGGCUGUUGUGUGUGAGUUCUGAAUAUAUUACUAUAAGUAUUUCUUACAUUUUGUUUUUGUGAAUGCACAGAUCUGCUCAGUAAAUCCGAGGAAAUAUGUGAUAUUUUAAAUAGCAGUUAUUUGUGUUAGAACUAUGUUCACUCUCAGAGCUAUCUCUGCUAAUAUGCAGAGUAUUUGAAAAUGCAAUAUAACUGAAAAUUUCUUUGCUUUAGAUAGGUUAAGUGAUGAUGUUCACAACUCUUGUUCAUAACUAGUCUUCAUUUUGGUUUGCUUUAACACAACCAAAUGUCUAUCGCAUAUUGCAUUUUUACCUAAUAGCAAAAGACUGUACUAUCUUUAUAAAAGACUUUUCACUUCUAAAGGCUGUUUGUUCACUGCAAAGGACACUUUAUUUGAGAGUGCAUGGCAGAGAUGUAAAUUUUAUCAUUUAAUAAAAUGAUUUUACCAAUCA